UUUGUGAGAUGAAAGGGCUUAGGUUAUGCUAUAAAAAUUUAAAUCAAAUUUCCGAAAAACGUGUUUAUCCUCCUAAUUCCAAUGUCAAGUGGUAAUACCUUUAUUUAUCAGGGAGUGAUGGAUUUUACAAGAACUACAAAUUAGUGAAAGCGCACUUAAAACUAUACAGAAUACUAGGCUUGUAGUUUAAAAGCAAAAAAAAAGAUUUUCUCAAAAAUUUAACCCUGAUUUAUACAGACUUGACUGGGUAAGUGACAUGUUUUCCUGCGGACUAUAAUGGGUACCCUAAAAAGUACUGACCUGCGACUAGUUUAAAAGAAUCACAUGAGGUGACUUGUGGCGCCGUAGAUUAGUGGUUAUAGCUCUCGUACUCUGUGCGGGAGACCCGGGUUCGAUUCCUCUUGACGGCGAUUCAACAUGGGCGAGUGAAUGUUACCAUAGCCCCGGGUUAACCCAAGCCAUGUGAGGGAAAUUGGGAAGAUGGCACACUGUGUGGGCCGUUGGAUGUUGCCGGGAGUUGUCUAGUAGAGCGCGGGCUCUAAUUGGGUCUGCGUAGCUCAAAAUGAGCAUUAAAUGCUCUAGGACUCUCCAUCUACGCCAUGGCCCCUCCUGGAAAUAAUAGACAGGGUAUAUCCCUCGAUAUUUGUGAGGCUAGCCAUGUAAAAUAUGCACAUCUAUCUAUCUAUCUAGGUUGGCCUUCCAGGAGAAUAGAGGAUAAGAAGUUGCUUAUGUAAUGUUAAUGCAUAAGAUUUUACAACUAAGUUACAAUUUAGCUUAGGUCAAACAUUCUAAGCUUGUCCUUUCAAAAUUUGGGACAUAUAAAUAAGAGGUCAUCUCCAAGAUCGUUUUAAACCAAAUCUUUUCAGUUUUUAAUAAACAUAACUUAACGAAUUAACAAAUUUAAAUUAACCCUGAUUGACAUGAUGAUUUUGAAAAUAAUUUAAUUCUAAUGAUUGAGGAAAAACUUUUAAAAAAUCUUACUUUUUAAUCACUUACGGUUUAAGAGAAAUAGACAUUAGUGUCACCUUUUUAAAUAAAUAUUUUCAGCACUGCAAAAACCCUGCAAAAUGCAAGACAAAAUGAUGUAGACCAAAAUUUCUUAAAAUAAGUACUUCUUUCCAAGGCAUCUUAUCAUAAAUGAAUACGACAAACUGUGAUACAUUUAAAUUCAAGUUUUAUUUCUUGCUAUCAGUGAAGUUGAAAAUUAAUUUAAAGUUCUCUUUUUUGACACUCUUUUGGCCCUAAUGGAAAACUGGCAGAUUCGAAGAAGGCAAUGAAAACUUUUGGACCCUGAAGCUGUUUUAUUAAGCUUUGUACCUUUUUAUUAAGCUUUGUACCUUUGCCAUUUGUUUCCAGCUGUUUCAUUUGUUGAGAUGAUGUAAGUGUAGAAAUGUCUGAUAUUUGUUUCUGGCAAUAAUUAAAGAUUGCUUCUGCUUCUGCAUAUUAUCUUGUCACAAUUACGUAGCUAUAAAACUAUUAUCUUUUACAAAAAAUAUUUAGUUUAAACAUUCCUCUUCAAAACAUCAUUAUUAAUUAUCUCUGCUCAUUAUAGUUUCAGUGCUACUUACUUGUAAAAUUAUACAGAAAUGGUUACAUAAUUAUAAAUUAUGGCGCAUGACGUAGAAAUUUAUGAUGACUUUCAUAGUACUGCAGCUGUGCAAACUCCAAUUGAUAGCAUUUUUCAGACGUGCGUAGUAACUCAUACAGCUCUAAUAAGAUAUAUACAACAUAGUAAUGGACAACAGUACAGGUGUUCCCAUGUUAUUUAUGCAAACUCCAAAGCCAUCAGUUUCAUAUAGUACCUCCUCAUUACAAAAUCUGCUAAAUGACCUGCAACCUAUCUCAGAUGACACCAAGACCACAUCAGCAACAACAUUACAUAUAUCCACAGACUUUGAGAAUGUGUCAAAAGUGAACACAGAUGUUCAAGAUGUUUGUCUUGAUAUACCAAAUAUGCUGUUCAAAGCAUUUCCAGAUCGAACAGAUAAAAUGGCUGAUUUGUCUUCAAGAGCUUCUUUAAGCGAUAUUUUUGAUCGUAAUACAGAAUUAACUUUACCAAAUGAAGAAGACAUUGUGUUAACACAAGUUGAAGAUCCGCAAAAUAUAUUUCUGAAUAGAUACCCCUCUACAUUCAGCUUGUCUUCAUUUACUUAUAACACAGAAGAUUCCAGCAAAAGUUUAAUCAAGACUGAAUUACCAUCAGAAUUCAAAGUGUUAGCUAAAUCUACCACAACAUCAACCAUAUCAAAUAUGCCAGUUGCAACAGGCAUACUGAGUUUUUUAAAUUUAUAUCAUCCAACAAAGCUUAUACGAUCAGCAUCUACCUUAGUGAGUGCUUGUUCUGUAGACAAUCCUAACACUAAACCAGCAGUUAUAAAAAACCCAAAUGUAACCGAAACUCUUGUAGAAAAAAACAAAGAUGGUAAUGUGACUAAGCCAAAUGUUCAAAAAAAAGAAAGUGGUGAUAUUGUAAAACUUAAUAGUGAAAACGAAAGUAAUGAUGUUACUUGCGAAGAGGAAAAGGUUCAGUUGGAGUUGGAGGAGAACUGGAAAAACAUGUUUUGUGAAGUAUUCAAUAACUAUAAUGGAUAUGUUAAAGAUUUAAAAACAGCUGAAGAAUUAGUUGAAGAAUACGCGUCUGAUACAGAUUCAAAAUUCUGCGUGUGGAACUCACCAAAGAAUUUUGGUGCUACAGAAAUUAGUUCCAAAACUCCACGUAAAAUCUUGAUUAAUCCAAAGAAUUGUCCAUACAUUGUGCUAUGUAUGAAAAGAAUGGACUGUGAGUAUGGAAGAGACAGACAUAAACAUGAUAAACUUCAAAAAUUGGAGAAAAGCCCAGGCUAUAAAGAUGGAAAAUGUUCAAGCAAAAAGACAAACUGUGGUGCUGUUAUUAAUUUAAGAGAGGUAGUGGUGUUUCCCGAACUAAAGAUAAAGCGUGGAACUCAUUGGGAACGACGAUUAAUCUCUACAAAAAUACGAAAUUGGUUAGUGGAACAGUCGCCAUCAGAAAAUAUGAAACAUGAUCGAUAUAUACACAUUUCGUUACCCAAGAUGCAAGACCAUACGAACCAUUUUGAACAAGGUUUUAAAGAAUCGAUUCAUCCAAAAAUCUUGCAGGAAGCGUAUCAGCUUGUCUGGGAAAACGAGGACGUGUAUGUUGAAGACUUAAGAGACAAGUUGUACCGCUACGUGGAAAAAACAUUCUUUUCUCAUCAGCGUCCACAGCUGAAACGACGCAGAUUCUUUCCCGCACUGUCUGACUUGAAAUACAUUAUCACGAAAGCAAAAAAGAUCAGAAUUGUGAGUGAUGAUGAGAAAAGAAAAACGAAAGCGUUAGUGAAUGAACUGUGCAGUGAAAAAUUAUUCGACAAGUUUUAUAUUUGUGACGACAUCAUGUGCGUGCCAGAGAAAGACGCCACUUCUAUUAAAACAUCAAUGGGGAAGUAUUAUUUACGUAUAAAAAACAGACCCAGUAAACUUAUAUUUAUGUACCAAAGUUCACAGUCGCAAGCUUUGCUGUUUCGUUAUGGUGUUCAGUCUGUGUUUUGUUUACUCUCGCAAAGUUUAGUGUCUGUUCCAUUUGAAAUCUACUGUUUGUACGUCUGCACGAAUGUCGAUUUCCAACCAGUCGCCAUUAUGAUAUGCGAAAAUGCUAACGAACAAAUAUUUACCGAUAUACUUGAACGACUAAAAGAUUGGAAUAAAUUUUGGAAUCCAAAGUUUGUUCAAACGGAUAAAAAUCAAGACCAGAUUAACGCAUUCGAGGCCAUAUUCACAGAUUGCUCCGUCUUCAUUACUCCAUCGUCACGUGAAACAGAUUGGUUGGGAUCGUUGCAAGACUUUGGGAUGGAGGAGAAAGUGGAAGAAAUGUUGAAAAUUUUGAACGCGAUUUCUUCCACGUGCACUGAAGAAGGGUUUAAUGAAUCGUUGAAAAAAUUAGAAGAAAGAGAAGAAUGGAAAAACUCUGUAAAAUUUCAGAUGUGGUUUACUGAAAAUUGGUUGUCACAUACUAAGCGUUGGGUGGAAGGUUAUUAUCCGAACGAAUUUAUCAACAAAUGUCUACACACAGAAAAUAGUCAAGAAUUUUUUCAACCUUUCAAAACUUCUGCGGUGAAAAGAUCACAUGCUUUUUUAGUCGAUCUCAUUAAACACAUGGUGGAUGUAUUUCAACACUCAUACCAACGAUAUGUCGAAUACAAUGUCGGCUGUUCCCAUAGUGACGUCGACGACUCUCUUCACUCACAGCUACUUACUUCACAAGUUUUAAAGUAUUUACAAAAUAUCCGAAAAGAAGCCGAUAGUUUUAACGGAACAAUCGGUUUUAUUGAGUUUGGGCUAUAUCAAGUAAAAGACGUUGAUACAGAAGUUUAUAAUGUCGUCACUCUUGGGGAUGCUGUAAACUUUCCGUCUUGUAACUGUCAUCAGUGGCAACAGUACCGUCUACCUUGUAAACAUAUGUUUUUUGUUUUCAUUCACGUCGACGAGUGGAGUUUUAACCGGUUACCGGUUCAUUAUCGAACCAAUCCGUUGUUUACUUUGGAUUUUAACUGCUUACAAGAUAGCGCAAAAAGACAAACACAUAGAAAGGAAGUUGGCACGCAAACUAAAAAAUGCAUUAAAACAAAAAACCCUUCUAGUGCAACGAUAACGGCUGCCAAUGUUGUAUGUAGUUCUCAAACAACUGCUAGAUCGAGUCACGAUGUAAGCAAACGCAAAAGGAAACACGAGACUUCAAAAUCUGAUGUAGACGAAUGUUUAGAAGAAAAAUCUUAAGCAUAAUUUUA